UCUCCUUAUGUCUUCUCUUACUGCGGCCAUGAACGACAAGAGCAAUACUUACGUACCGAUAGGACACGUCGACCAGCUUCCCCGAGGCGAGAAGGCAAGCGCAGAGGCUCCCCGGUCUUUGGCUUCCGUGGCCAGGCACGUCGGCGGGGCAUGCCUUCAUGUCCUGGCCAGCCCUGGCGCCGGGACGCUCGUCUUCGCGUCCGUGUGCCUCGUGUUGGCUUACAAGCAUAAGAAGAGUAAACUGACGGCGUCGAGCACUGCGGCCGCCGCCACGAUUCCCGAGGCCCCGCAGCAGUCCCCGCCGACCCCUGUUACCCCUGUGUUGUACCGGUCGGUGUCGUUCGGGAUGCUGUACGGCGGCGAGAACGCGAUGCAAAGGAUCAUGCACGCUCACGAGGCGCGCCUCGACAGCACGAAGCUGAACAAAGCUGUGAACGACUUGAGCGCGGAACUCACCAACGAGCGAAAGGACUACAGUAAACUAAACGUGCUCGCAGCAAGUCUUGAAAUGAGCGGAAGGGAGAAGGAAGCGAUCAAAAUAUUGGAGGCAGCUUUGGAGAAGAGCGCAAACAACAAGGAGGAGAUGCACGAGAUUGAGAUGUUGUUGGUGGAAAUGCUGAUAUACGAGGGCGACUAUGUAAAAGCUUUAGGUUACACGACCCUCUGUGGCGAGGAAACUUCGGCUGCGGAUCCCCGAGUUCCUCUCUAUAAGGCGGCAAUCUUCGCCUUGAUGGGCAAAAUGUAUCGUGCUAAAGAAUGCUACGAGACGUUUAAAGAGAUCCAGAAGAACUACAACCGGCAAAAGUUCUACAAGGACGGAUCAACAGUUCAUUUUAUAGUGCCUGAGUUCGACCAGUUCAUGACGAUCGUAAACAACAUCAAGAAAGAGAUUAAGGAUGCUCAUUCAACAACAACAGUUGCCAGCAAGGGCAAUCAAGGGACUCAACAAGUUCAGCCAGGAGGAACAGCGGUCGACCAGGCCAAGGCGACACCACAAGCUCCGCAAGGAGGAACCGCUACCGAUCAGGGGACUCAGCAAACUCAAGGAGGAACUCCGCAAGUGGGGACUCGACAACCUAAGCAAGAAGGAACCGCUACCGAUCAGGGGACUCAGCAAACUCAAGGAGGAACUCCGCAAGUGGGGACUCGACAACCUAAGCAAGAAGGAACCGCUACUUGAUAAGUAGAUGAGAUUUCCCUGACUGUUUUAGGAAAUCCUCCUCUCUACUCUGUUGAGGGAAAUCCUCUAAUAUGAGGAAAAUUCU